AUGGUGUCAAUGGCUUUCAGACAUCCUUCACUCAGCGUGCUGCUGAUUUUCGUUCUUUCUAUCCUGCAUACAGUCAAUGCCGACUCGCUUCCUUUUGCUGCACCAGCGGCAUUUGACGAAUACCUGUCAAAACACCCGAUAUCCGUGAAGCCUAGAAACGCGACGACAUUUGGCACAAAAGAGAGCACGCUUAAACAGGCAUCAAUCGCAUCAAAGUCUCACAAGUACAGCCUCUGCCCAGUAAGCUGUGCUGGUGCUGGCAAAGAUCUGAGCAGUUGGACGGUUUAUCAUGAUUUGGAUCGCCUUUCCUGGUGCAAUGAGUCUAUGCUCGUCAAUUUUGCCCUCCACACGCCUCUAGAAGAACCCAGCGCACACAUCAGUCUGUACACAUGCACCUCAGUGAUGGACUCGGAACAGAGCAAUGGUGGAUCCUGCACUGUCCCUAAACACUCCUCCAAGGUAAACUCGACACUUCAAUUAGCCUGGUCAGGCUCCAAUGGCGCCGGGAGUACAGAUAACGGCAUCGCCGCCGUUAAACAACUGCAGUCAUAUGUGCAGGCCGACGACUCAUGUGGCGAGGAAAUUGCAUUUGCCUACUCCGAUAGUGCAAUCGUUGGACUCUAUUCAGGCUCAGGACUUCACAGCCAAAACAUCACAGGCCCGGUCUUGCGUCAGUUUCUGUCGUAUGUCCAGACCAAUAGCAUAUCAGGCACUCUUGUGGCACAACUGUGUGCCGUAACGGAACAUCCCAGCUCUAAGUAUACAUUUGGCAUUGCGCUGAGCACCGACGCUGAUUGGACCUCUAUCCAAGAAGCAGUGCAAACAUGGAGCAACGCCAGCUGCGUGACAACCUACGACGAGGCAAUAACAUGGGAUGCCAUCGAGUAUCUUGCACCACAGGCAGUCUCAAGCAAUCACACCUCAAACAGCACCUUCUCUAGCCGAAACCUGCACCAAAGAGACACAUGUACGACAAUCAGAGUAGCCUCAGGCGACACAUGUGCUACCCUGGCUACCGAGUGUGGAAUCACGGCUGCUGAAUUCACAGACUACAAUCCAAGCUCGGAUCUGUGCUCGACUCUUACCCCCGGAGAAUCGGUGUGUUGUACAUCUGGAUCCCUCCCAGAUCUUACACCGAGUGCCUACUCAAAUGGAACUUGCUACACCUAUACAGUGGCAGCAAAUGACACGUGCUCCGUAAUCGCCGCGACAUAUGAUAUCACCGUUAGUGAUAUUGAUAACUACAACAAUAAUACUUGGGGAUGGAUGGGAUGUGAUGAUCUGCAACUUGGUGCUCGCAUCUGUCUUAGCUCAGGCUAUGCUCCAAUGCCAUCAACCAUCUCGAAUGCAGUUUGCGGACCCCAGGUAAAUGGUACUGCUGUUGCUCCACAUGGCACAAACUUGAGUACUCUGAAUGAGUGUCCAUUAAAUGCUUGCUGUGAUAUUUGGGGCCAGUGUGGUACCACGGCUGAGUUCUGUACAAUUACUAAAUCACCAACUGGCGCGCCUGGCACCGCAGCGAAGGACACCAAUGGUUGUAUAUCAAACUGCGGAGCCGAUAUUAUUUAUAGUGACCCUCCUGCCGAGUUUUUCAAGAUUGGAUAUUUUGAAGGCUAUGAUUGGCAAAGGCCUUGUCUCGCUGAAAGCAUUCUAUCAGUCGAUACAAGCAAAUAUACCCAUAUUCAUCUUGCUUUUGCCACGCUGAAUGCAGAUUUCUCAGUUAAUAUCUCAUCACUAUCGUCGAACUUUUAUGAAUUUGGGGCAUUAACAGGUGUCAAGAGAAUCCUGUCCUUUGGAGGAUGGGAAUUCUCAACUAGUUCCUCAACAUAUGAUAUCUUUCGACAGGCAGUCCAGGAAGCCAACAGGGCAACUUUUAUCAAGAAUGUGCUCGACUUCUUGGAUGAAUAUGGCCUUGACGGUGUUGAUUUUGAUUGGGAGUACCCAGGUGAACCUGAUAUUCCAGGGAUACCAGCCGAUACUACUGCCGAUGUCGUCGACUUCUACGUCUUUCUGGGAGAAUUAUACGAAUCAAACGCUGGCAAAUACUCAGUCUCUAUCACUGCCCCCUCGUCGUACUGGUACUUGAAAAACAUCCCCAUCUACGCCAUGUCGGCGUAUGUGGACUAUAUUGUGUUUAUGACUUACGACCUUCACGGACAAUGGGACUACGGGAAUAAAUACUCUGACUCGGGCUGUCCAGCAGGCAACUGUCUUCGCUCUGACAUUAAUAUGACAGAGACGCUCAAUUCCUUGUCCAUGAUCACCAAGGCAGGAGUUCCAUCAAACAUGGUUGUCGUUGGCGUAACCAGUUAUGGCCGAUCAUUCCAGAUGACAACUCCAGGUUGCUAUACUGAUAUGUGCACCUAUACCGGACCAGAUUCUGGUGCCAUUCCAGGCCCAUGCACCGACACCGCGGGCUAUCUAGGAAAUGGCGAGAUUACUAGCAUUAUUGCCCAGAAUUCGUCUGGUAUGAUCCAGUUCAUGGAUGAAAGUUACUCCAACAUCCUCGUAUAUGACGACGACCAAUGGGUAUCGUACAUGGAUGACGACAAUAAAGAGCAGAGAGGGGAGCUUUACUCGGUGCUUGCCAUGGGUGGAUGGGUGGAUUGGGCCAUCGAUCUCCAAAAUAAUGGCACAACAACAGAUCCUCUCGACCCCGGCACUACAAAUACUAAUGGCUCUGGCACCAUCUACAUUGAUCCAAGCAUUUGGAGCAACGACACAAAAAACGUGGGAUGUAUCCCGCCCUGCUCGAUAGUAUUCCCCCCGUUGCCUCUGCCAACAACUACCACUGUUUCAAUUCCCUCAACAUCGGUGGUUUUGGUGGUUUCGAGCCCUACACCAGUCCCCACUACCAUUGGGACGAUAUCAACCACGCUGAUCUACUAUAGCCCUUUGUCGAUACCAACAGUGCUGCCCAUCCCUGCAUACACCGGGGAUAAUAUUCCGGUCUGGGGUAUAUCGAUCCCUGCCAGCCAAACCAACUCUACAAUAAUUCCAAUGAUCACCUCGAUACAGCCCACUCCUUUUCCCGUGGUCAUCACUCCGCGGUCCAUCAGAGUCUGGGGAGGGACGACAUACGUAUCAGGUGGCACAGUCACCACUAAGAGUGCAACGACUGUUGUAAUAGGGUCGGAUACCUGGAUCACUCCGUCGACAACACAGACUUUUGGCGGAUCAACGUCCAUAGCUGGUGGUACAACGGGUACUCCGGUGACAACGACAUUCACUCCAAAUCCAUAUCCCGAGACACCGCCCAGUACAACGGACAAGGAUUUGAAUACUAAAAAGACAACUUUUUCCAGCCAUAAGCCCGAAGGAACCACUUCAAAGGGUGCAACAGGUGCCGGCCAUGGUUGUACGCUAUUUUGUCACAGGCUCUGCCCUGAGUGUCCAGCCGACUUUGGAAGUCAUAAUGACGGCGGCGGCGGCGGUGGUGGUGAUGGCGGUGAUGGCGGUGAUGGCGGUGAUGGCGGUGAUGGCGGUGAUGGCGGUGAUGGCGGUGAUGGCGGUGAUGGCGGUGAUGGCGGUGAUGGCGAUGAUGGCGGUGAUGGCGGUGAUGGCGGUGAUGGCGGUGAUGGCGGUGAUGGCGGUGAUGGCGAUGGCAGCACAACUGGAACAUCGAAUCCCUCUUCAACUGCCAGUUCCAGUUCCAGCUCCAGCUCCAGCUCCAGUUCGAGUGAAGAGUUGUCGUACACUAUCGCAAUGCCAGCACUUAUGACUGUUCAGCCUCAAGUUACCCCAGUUGGAACUGCUGCGCUCGCCUCAAUGGUAUCUCAAAUAUCGUCCAGGUGGAAUGCAAUAGUUCCAUCAGGUACAACAAGCUCUUCAGGGGCAACGGGCUCUGCUGGCACAACAGGUACAACAAGCUCUUCGGGGGCAACGGGCUCUGCUGGCACAACAGGUACAACAAGCGCGUCCACCACCACAACAUCCACGACUUCAACCACUGCGGCAUCUUGGCCAACUCUGACAGGCGACGCUCAAACCACCGGUGCAUAUUGUUUCGGUGAAGCAGAUGGAUAUACCCAAUUCAAUCUCUACGAUGCAGUACUCGCCACAGAAAACUUCUGCAAGCAGCAUCCCAUUCUAAAGUCAGGCGAUAAAACGAUCAGCUAUACUAAGCAAUUUACCACCGAAUCAUACGCCAUUGUGGUAUCUGGAGGCUGGGCACCUGACCAGUCUGGUUGUGGCGGUAGUGAGGAGGAAUAUGUAUUUAAUGCUGGCGAUCUCUAUGUCUGCAUGGACCAAUGGUCGCCUGAUUAUUGCAGCACGAGUACAACCACGAGUGAAGAAGACACCUACACGUAUGGAGGCGGAUACAUUACUAACGAUGGCAAUGGCUGUGUCUUGUUCGAGCUUUAUGCCUAUGCUAUCUCAACGACGUGA